UUUCUUGGUGGUACUAUUGCACCAACAACAGUUGCAGCUGCUCUCUCUGCUGCUUCUUAUGGUGGUGCAUCCGCUGUAACAUCAAUGAUUUCUACUAUACUCAAUACAACUACUGCUAUACCAAAUGUUAUUCCCCAACCAUCAAUUAUUGGUUCACCUGGAAUUCUUUCAAAUUUUGCUACACCACUUGUUAGUAGUCUUCCUACUUCUUCACCAACACAACAAACGUUAAAACCACCUCCACCUCCUCAAGUUAUUAUUCCACCACCACCAUCAUCAUUAUCAAUUCCUCAACCUACUCUAUUAGAAGAACCACCAAUACCUGUUGGAUUAAAAUUUGAUUUACAAUCCCAGCAACAACAACAACAACAACAACAACAACAACCAUCAUCACAGCAACAACAACAGCAAUAUCCAUCAAUUUCACUUGUUCUACCAAGAAAUCAAUCAUCAAAUAGUUUAGAUAUAACUGACAGUCAAAAAACUGUUUCAGAUUUAAAAAAUACUGAUGAUCCAUUGGCUAGUUUAUCUCAACAAGAAGAGCUUAGUGUUAAAGGUCGUGAACAACGACAUUUAUUAAUGCAAAAAUUAAAUCAACGUCGACUUGAUUCACGUGUAUGUGUAUUAAGAAAUAUGGUUAGUUCAGAAGAAGUUGAUGAUGAUUUACAACAAGAAAUUACAGAAGAAUGUUCAAAAUAUGGUGAAGUUAGUAAAGUUGUUAUUUACACUGAAAAACAAGGUGAAGAAGAUAAUGCAGAACAAAUUGUGAAAAUUUUUGUAGAAUUUCAAAAUAGUAAAGAAGCAGAAAAAUCAGCUGAAUCACUUAAUGGUCGAUGGUUUGGUGGUCGAAUGAUAAAAGCUGAAUUAUAUGAUCAAGUUGCUUAUCAAGCUGAAGAUCUUUCUGGUUAA